CAAACCAAUAAUACACCGGAAGUUUCAGAAUUAGCAGACGGCUCCUCUUUCUGCCAAGUAGAGGCAGAAAAGUUUUUGCAGAAUGGGCUCUUCAAACUCCUCUCAGAACAAUGUUAAUCCAGCUCAAGCCACAAUUGACAGUAAGACAGCCAGAGAGGCAGCACUUGGUAUCAACACAAAUCAGAACUAUCCCAGUGAAUGUCCCAUGCAUCAAGCUAAUCAAACACCAUCUGGCUGCCCAAUGCAUCAAACUAACACAGAUAAUGUCAACUUGGACAAUAUGAUGCCACCACCUAACCAGCGACCAGCUCCUGAUCAACCAUUCCCUUUACCAAUAAACAGACAAGUAUCAUCAAUCCCGAAGGCAGAUUCCAAUGAAAACUGGGUAUAUCCCUCACCACAAAUGUUCUGGAAUGCAAUGUUGAGAAAAGGUUGGCGAUGGAAAGAAGAUGAUGUCAAACCAGAAAAUAUGGAUGCCAUUAUCAGGAUUCAUAAUGCGAACAAUGAACAGGCCUGGGAAGAAGUUCUUAAGUGGGAGGCUCUCCAUGCCAGGGAAUGUGGUAAUCCAAAACUGAAAAGGUUUGGCGGAAAGGCUACACAGUUCUCUCCAAGAGCCCGGAUACGGCAUUGGCUGGGAUACGAGUUGCCAUUCGACAGACAUGACUGGAUUGUAGACCGCUGUGGGAAGGAGGUCCGUUACAUCAUUGAUUACUACGACGGGGGCUCAGUGGACCCUAACACAUUUCAGUUCACCCUUCUAGAUGUGCGCCCUGCCCUGGACUCUCCAGGGGCGUUUUGGGACCGUACUAAGGUGGCUUGGUGGCGGUGGACCUCUAGUUUCAGCAGUGAUUCUAACCCAUCAGGAACCAAAUCUGUUCCUCACUUACCCACAGGAGAGAACAGUGACACAAGGACAGCCAGCUCGGGCAGCUGAUAAGUGAAGGUAGUGGAGAUAAGUGGAAUCAUGCGUGUGAAGUACUGUCUUACUGAGAAACACUGUGCGAGGACAACAGGAUUUGCUUCAAAUGAAUGAUGGAGAGCGUGGGAAAUUUCUUUUGAAACUGAAAACCGUUCAAGGCGCCUGAAGUGUAUUGUAUGUAGAUAAGUCAAGGUCAUGUAUGUCUGAAUUUUUAAGUUAAAUUAGAAUUUUCAGAUGACAUGGUUUUGAUUACAACUUACUCUUAUGUCUGGUAAGUACCUUAUAUUGUGAGCUGGAAGAAGGUGGGAGAAAUUGCCAGGAACAGGGAGUACACAUGCACAGUACAUGUAGUAAACAGCAAGACACUUUUUCUCAGGUAAAUGUGAUAAAAUUUUAUGCGACUUUGAAUCAGAUGCAAUUCAGAGAUAAUGACUUAAUCCUAUUAAACAUUAUUCUCUCAGUUAACAGCAAUGCACCUGUAAUUGAAGAUGAAGCUAAAAAACCAAAAACAGUCUCAAAUAUUAAAUUGGUUGGUUUCUUGUAUGGUUUGUCAGUGCCGAUUUAUGUGUGUAUUAGACUAUACAGGAAAAGGCCAGUGAAGGGACAAUUUUUCUCCAGAUAUCAGAUAUUUAACUUCUUCAUAAAUAUAAUAUAUCAGAAUGUGUUGGUUUGUAAAGAAGAGUUUUGAAUUGUUUUCUCACACAAAAAAGCCUUAAAAUAUAAGAAAACAAUAGUCACUGUGAGAUAUAAUUUAUUGUUAUAUUUUGUUGCUUUUUUUGUUUUUCAUUUCAUUUUUUGGCGUGAAAGUUUUAAUAAAUGAGGAAACCUGUUAUAUACUGCUUUACCUGGUUUUCCAAAUAA